AGUAGGAGUUUGGACGAUCCCUUUUCGCCUCCCUAAGUGGUGGGGUUUCGUCCGGUGCGAAGCUCAUAAGUGGGACAAACGCUCUUGCGUCUCGGUAUUUCGGUGUGAACUCGCCAUCGGACGAGUACCUUUGACCAGUAGCUGUGAACAAAGCCCCAGACUAUCACUCACCUGGUAGACUAGCCGAACAGCGAGAAUAAUCGUCCUGAAAGAUGGCACCCAAUCUUUUUGGAAAUUCGGCGACGCUCUUCCUGGAAGCGUCCCAACAAGAUGCCAUCCAGAAAGCACCUGCGGUGUCAACUAAGUCAUCGUCUAGUUCAAGUCAAGAGCCGAAAUAUAAAUGGAACAUUGUCUGGAGAAACGUGAUCGCUUUCGUCUACCUCCACCUUGGAGCUCUCUUCGGAUUCUACCUAUUCUUCACCUCGGCCAAAUUCCUUACUUUCUUGUGGUCCUAUAUCCUCGCUAUUAUUGCUGCCAUGGGCGUCACAGCUGGAGCACACAGAUUAUGGGCGCACAAAUCGUACAAGGCUAGGUGGCCAUUGAGGGUUUUCUUGAUGAUCCUGCAAACUGUCGCAUUCCAGAAUCAUAUUUACGAGUGGGUAAGGGAUCACCGAGUGCACCACAAAUUCACGGACACCGAUGCUGACCCACACAACGCCCAGAGAGGUUUCUUCUUCUCCCAUAUGGGAUGGCUUUUGGUACGCAAACACCCUGACGUGAUAAAAAAGGGGGCAACGAUCGACAUGAGUGAUAUGGACCAGGACCCUGUUGUAGUCUGGCAAAGAAGGCUGUACAUCAUCCUUAUGCCGCUGUUCUGCUUCCUCAUACCCACAUGGAUUCCCUGCUACUUCUGGGGUGAGACUGGACUGAACUCUUGGUAUGCCAACAUAUUCAGAUACACCUUGUCCCUGAAUUUGACGUGGCUCGUCAAUUCGGCUGCACACAUCUGGGGCACCAAGCCGUACGAUAACUCGAUCAGCCCUACGGACAACCUGAAGAUCGCAAUCGGAGCCGUUGGCGAGGGCUGGCAUAAUUACCACCACGUCUUCCCGUGGGAUUACAAGGCGGCCGAGUUGGGCGAUUACAAGGGCAACUUAACGACCCUCUUCAUUGACAUUUGCGCAAGAUGCGGACUGGCAUACGAGAUGAAAACCGUGCCGGUGGAGAUGGUGAACAAACGCUCAGCCAGGACAGGUGAUGGGACCAGGAUCACCAGGGAGCAGGUGGAGGGUCACACCUACGAGGGCGCCGUUUGGGGGUGGGACGACACCGACAUGACUGUGGAAGACAUAAAAGACGCCCAAAUUGUAAACAAGAUCGACUAGAGGCUGUUCUCGGACAUUAUUUAUAAAGCUUUAAUGUCAAAGGGACUUUUACGUCCAUCGCGGCGGGUCUCGAAGGUGCCGAUAAUUUGUCACCUGUGGGAUGAUAAACCGUCGCCUCCGAAAUCCGUCUCGAAUUUUUACCGUGAUUUUUAGUCUCUCCCGGGGGAUCGUUCUCUAGGAAAGAAGUCAGGCUGAUUAUCCGAUACGAUACUAUGCUAUCAUUUGGCUACGGUACUUCCUGUUUCCGGGAGUCGCUAGCCAGGCUUCGAAAGGCAUUAGGUACUUUAAGAAAUCGAUUUAAGCCUAUAUUUAAGCUCGCUAUUUAACCUGCGAAUCUGAGAGCUCAAAGGAUCUCUCUGACCUGUAUACACUGCGCUUUCUGACAGUAUAUACAUUUCCAUGGUAUUUAUUAAUAAAGUAUCGUUUCCGAAC